AUGUCACUGUUGUGGGCGCCAGCGUUGUUACGGUGGUGUGUCCAGUCGGACGUUCCAGGCGUGACCUACACGCUGUGCUCGCUGACCCUGGUGCUGGUGACGAAUGUGCACUUCGCGUGCCCGGCCGUUUACGGCACUGACCACUGCACCGGUACGUUGGUGUUCGGCUACCUGUGCGUGUUGCAGGCGCUGGUCAACUUCGUGCUGUUUCGUUAUCGUGCCAGGUACAACCGCUCCAGCUGGUACCUGUCCGACAGACUGAGGGAAAAUACCUCAGCGACAGCGAUGAUAACGAGGCACACCGUCACUGAUGACGAUCAGCAACCAGAACAAGAGCACUGCGGAGACGAGCACAGCGACGGCACCCCGACCACCGGCCGCUUCCUGAAGUUCUGCCACCUGUGCAACGCGAAGGUUCUGGCACGCUGCCACCACUGUCCCCUGUGUCGGUACUGUGUGCUGCGCAAGGACCACCACUGCUUCUUCCUGGGCGCCUGUGUCGGCUUCGGCAACCAGCGCAACUUCGUCGUCUUUCUGUUUUGGGUUCUGCUUGGCGCCGCGUACGGCACGUUUCUUACGCUCAAGUAA